ACUCAUGAUCAAUCUGCUUUAGUGAAAUUCAGUGAAAAAUGAAUGCCCAUAUUAUGUUGGAUAAUACUCUCAAUCAGAUUCUACGAGUCCUUAAACCUUCAAUCGAAGAUUGGGAAACACGGCUGCGAAUCCUUCAGGAGUUGCAAGGAGCUGUUGAAUCUGUUGAGGGUUUAAGAGGUGCAACUGUGGAGCCAUUUGGAUCCUUCGUGUCUAAUCUGUAUGCAUGCUGGGGCGACUUGGAUGUUUCGAUUGAGUUCUCCAAAGGCACAUAUAUAUCAGAAUAUGGGAAAAAGCACAAAGAACAAUUGCUAGGAGUUGUGAUGCGAGCUAUGACACUGAGAGGUGGAUGGAAAAGGAUUCAAUUAAUACCCACUGCAAGGGUUCCCAUUUUAAAGGCUGAAAGUUAUCUCCAAAACAUCGCUUGCGAUAUAUCAAUCAAUAACCUGAAGGGACAAAUGAAAUCCAAAAUCUUGUUUUGUAUUGGUGAGAUAGAUGGACGCUUCCGCGAUAUGGUUUUAUUGGUAAAAGAAUGGGCAAAAGCACAAAAUAUGAAUAAUCCAAGAUUUGGCUCAUUUAAUUCGUAUGCCCUCACUUUGCUUGUGGUCUUCCACUUUCAGACAUGUACACCCGCAAUUUUGCCACCUCUUAGAGAAAUAUAUCCAGGGAAUCUCACUGAUGAUCUUCAAGGCUUGAGGGCGGAUGCAGAAAAACAUAUUGAAGAAACAUGUAUCGCUAACAUAACAAGGUUUAAAUCUGACAAAUUAGGAGCGGAAAACACAAGUUCAUUGUCACAGCUUUUCAUUUCAUUCCUUCAGAAGUUUUCGGACCUUGUUAUGAAUACAAGAAAAUCAGGAAUUUGCACAUAUACUGGACAGUGGGAAGACAUACUAAGCAACAUGACAUGGUUGCCUCAAACAUAUACGAUAAUGAUUGAAGAUCCCUUUGAUCAGCCAGAAAACUGUUCAAGGGCUGUUAGCAUGGGAGAAUUGAGAAGGAUAUCUGAAGCUUUCAAGACCAGCAGCCACAUACUCAUGUCAGCUACUCAGAAUGACAUUCUUGCCACACUAGUCCGGCCCCUAACCUACCGACUUGUGGCAGGAAGACCUCAUCACCAGUUUGAGCAUCGCCACGCAGCUUAUCCACAGCAUUUCAUGACUGAGAGGCCGCAGUCAAGAACACCUAGAGGCAAUUAUGUCCCCAGGCAACCAUGUCGUCCUCAGGUGCAGAAGUGGGCACAAAGACCCUCAAAAAUGCAGCCUCAGUUUCAGAAGACGGAGGCAGAAAAACAUUCCGACAUGCCCACCUUUCAAGAGACGAAGCCAGAGAGCCAUCCCAAUCCAACUCUAGAGACAUCUCAGGAUUGUGCAUGUGGAAUGUGUGUGCCUGUGGAGUACAUUCAGUAGGCUCAUUUUCAAGGUUCCUUGACAAGAAGUAUAUACUAAAUAGGAUUCAGAAACGCUCUCAACAGUAUGAUUAACCUUGUGGCACCAGUAUCUCUGAGCUUUCUUUAGAUUUUGAUUGCCAUGGACCCAACCAAAUGCGACCUUAACCAAAGUUGAAGAUAGGGAAUUAGGGAAUCUACUACUUUUAUAAAGGUCGAGACUUUUUUUUUUCGAGAAAGAUAAAGGUUGAGACUUUUUUUUUUUGAGAAAGAUAAAGGUUGAGACUUUUAAAUCACAGAAAUAAAGAA